AUGUCAAAUAUUGUCUCGAAGUUUCGCAAUUCGCCCACGAGAGUAAACCAGCCAUCGAUUCCAUCGCGCCAUUCCAACAAGUCGGAUCAAAUGGAAGAACUCAAGGAACAAGUUGAGAUAUCUGCGCCUAAUGAGGUUGAGACAUCCACGACGGAAGUUGAAGACCGCCGCGGUGAAGCUCCGAUUAAGCCCGAGUUUCGCAGAGUUUUGGAGAAGAAAGACGACAACGAAGAACGCGAACGGGGCACUUUCAAGAAGCGUCCACGGGACCCAACGGACGACCCGUCGACAAUGCUAUGCCGCGGUGUUGCGGCUGGAGAAGGGUGCUCGUUUGAAGACAAGUGCAAGUUCAGCCACGACGUCGCAGACUUCUUGAAGCGCCGUCCCAAAGACCUCGGGGACACGUGCCCGGUGUUCACCGCGAACGGAUACUGUCGUUACGGCCUCAAUUGUCGCUACGGCCUCUCGCACGUGGACGCGAACAAUGUCAACUUGGGUACUCCAGCUGACUUGAAGGCCACCGAAGUCAACGACUUGAGCAUGGAGAACCGCGACUUGUUGCGCAAAAGUACGUAUCCAUUCCGCGCCGUUGCGUCGACGUACAAGAAGAAGGGCGGCACUGCCAAGAAGUCCCGCGACUUCACGAUUGACCCUGUCGACAACCCAAAGGUUCCCGACCACAAGCCCGUCGACUUUAAGGGAAAAGUGUACAUUGGGCCGUUGACGACCGUGGGUAAUUUGCCGUUUCGUCGGGUGCUCAAGCAGUGGGGUGCCGACAUCACGUGCGGCGAGAUGGCGAUGACAACCAACUUGCUACAAGGCCAGCAAUCGGAGUGGGCCCUCUUGCGCCGCCACGAGAGCGAAGACGUUUUUGGCGUGCAAAUCGCUGGGGCGUAUGGAGACCAGACGGCCCGCGUGUGCGAACUCAUAACUCGCGAGACGUCUGUGGAUUUUAUCGAUAUCAACAUGGGGUGUCCCAUCGAUCUCGUGUGCAAGGCAGGUGCUGGCGCGGCCUUGAUGAAUCGCACCCCCAAAUUGUGUGAAGUCGUCACGGGCGCGCUGAGCGGCAUCGAAGCUGGCAGCUUUGGGCUGUCCACGCGACCGGGUCUCACUGUCAAGAUGCGCACGGGGUGGUCAGACAAACAACCUUUGGCGCACAAGUUGGUGCCAAAGGUGCAAUCGCUUCGUUCGAGCGCCGAGUUUAUGAACCAAAGCGUCGUGCUCAACUACGCCAUGCGCACCGACGUCCACGUCGAUGCUCUCACUAUCCACGGCCGAUCGCGGUUGCAGCGGUACUCCAAGAGCGCGGACUGGGUCUACGUUGAAGAAUGUGCGAACGCUCGCGACGCUGGAGAACACCGCAUGGCGCUCAUCGGUGGCGGCGACGUGUUGUCGUACGAGGAGUUUCACGAGCACUUAGCGUCGGGGGUGCUGGAUACAUGCAUGUUGGCGCGCGGCGCUCUCAUCAAGCCGUGGUUGCCCACGGAGAUUAAGGAACGCCGCCACUUUGAUAUUUCGGCGUCCGAGCGACUCGACUUGCUCAAAGACUUUGUCAAGUUCGGACUGGAGCAUUGGGGCUCGGAUCAAAAGGGAAUCAAUCGCACCCGACGUUACCUGCUUGAGUGGCAGUCUUUCUUGUGUCGAUACAUCCCCGUUGGGAUCCUGGAGAAGCUGCCCCAGCGCAUCAACGAACGUCCGGGGCUCUACUAUGGUCGUAACGAUCUGGAAACGCUCAUGGCCAGCGAUCAAGCAGUUGACUGGAUCAAGAUCUCCGAGAUGCUGCUCGGUCCGGUGCCCGACGGUUUUCAGUUCGUGCCCAAGCACAAGGCGAAUUCGUAUGGUUAA